AGCAGCUGGAGUAAGGCAGAAGGGGGUGCCUGAAGGCCGCGGGUCAGGCCGGGGCUGUGCCUGGGGGCUGGGGGCCCAGCCGGGAGGAGGAAGAGGAGGAGGAGGAGGAGGGGAGAAGAGGGCCUGCUGGGAAAUCGCCUCAGCCUGCCUAGCGGCGCACUGGCGCGCGCACACAGACCGCUCGGGAGGGGAAGAGCGAGCAUCUCCACCUCAGGGUGUGGAAGGGGCUGCGGGGUCGGGCCACGCCCUGGGCGUCUGUCACCUCGGCAGGGGAAGGGGAGCGGCGUCUGGGGGCUGGCCGGGCCGGGCGGGGGCCGGGCCGGUGAGUGUGUACGGCCGCGCCGGUGGUGUGCCACCACGUGACUCAGUGAUGCAGAACGAUCGUGACCUUCAGAGUGGGAGCAGGAGUGAGCGUGUGUGCGUGGCCGUGGCCGUGGCCCGCGGCUCCGGGUGAUGCUGGGGGCUGCUGCGGCCCCCCACCCCGCCCAGGCGGGAGGAGGCUGGGCGCCAGCGUGGGAGCGGGUGCGGCUCUGCUGCCGCCGCUGCUGCUGAGACUGCGGCACGGCGCAGGGCGCGAUCGCGCGGGGCAGCCCGGGCCGGCUGGGCGCCGCGGUGCGCGGACCGACGUGGGGGUGCGUGGCCAAGUGACAGCGGGCGGCUGGGACCCGGCGCAGGUGGAUCCCCGCGCGUCCCCCGACGCCCCCUCCCCCUCAGCGCGCGCGCCUCGUGCCCGCGCCGCGCGUCCCCCACCCGCGCCCAAGCCGGAGCGGGAGCCCAAGCCGGAGUCGGAGCCGAGAGGCCAGGGCCAGGGUCCGGGGCCGCAGCCCCGCGCGCCAUGGGGAGGGCCUGGGCCCCAGGCCAAGCCCUGCGGGCGGCGGCCAGCCCUGGAGCUCGCCCCCGCCCUCGCCCCGGCGGGUGGCCGAGCGGGAGGUGCGGGGGCCCAGGGGGGAGCCCGGCCCGCAGCCGCCGCCUGGACCGCCUGGACCACAGCCGCCGCAGCCCCUGAGCCCGGAGGAGAAGGAGGAGGAGGAGGAGCAGCCUGGGCCGGGGAGGGACCUACGGCCGGGAGGCCGCCCCGCUGCAGGGUGCCCACCAUGGCCUCUCCGCUCCUGCUGUUGCUGCUGGCCAGCGGGGCCCUGGGCUGCCCCCUCCCCUGCACCUGCCAGAACCUCUCCGAGUCCCUGAGCACCCUGUGCGCCCACCGAGGGCUGCUCUUUGUGCCGCCCAACGUGGACCGGCGCACGGUGGAGCUGCGGCUGGCCGACAACUUCAUCCAGGCCCUGGGGCCCCCGGACUUCCGCAACAUGACGGGCCUGGUGGACCUGACGCUAUCCCGCAACGCCAUCAACCGCAUCGGGGCGCGCUCCUUCGGGGACCUGGAGAGCCUGCGCUCGCUGCACCUGGACGGCAACCGGCUGGCCGAGCUGGGCGCCGGCAGCCUCCGCGGCCCCAUCAACCUGCAGCACCUCAUCCUCAGCAGCAACCAGCUGGGCAGCAUCGCGGCGGGCGCCUUCGACGACUUCCUGGAGAGCCUGGAGGACCUGGACCUGUCCUACAACAACCUGCGCCAGGUGCCCUGGGCCGGCAUCGGCGCCAUGCUGGUGCUGCACACGCUCAACCUGGACCACAACCUCAUCGACGCGCUGCCCCCGGGGGCCUUCGCGCAGCUGGGCCAGCUCUCCCGCCUCGACCUGACCUCCAACCGCCUGGCCACGCUGGCGCCCGACCCCAUCUUCUCGCGAGGCCUCGACACGGCCGCCUCGCCCAGCCCGCUGGUGCUCAGCUUCGGCGGGAACCCGCUGCACUGCAACUGCGAGCUGCUGUGGCUGCGGCGCCUGGCGCGGCCCGACGACCUGGAGACGUGCGCGUCCCCGCCGGGGCUGGCAGGCCGCUACUUCUGGGCCGUGCCCGAGGGCGAGUUCUCCUGCGAGCCGCCGCUCAUCGCCCGCCACACGCAGCGGCUGUGGGUGCUGGAGGGCCAGCGGGCCCUGCUGCGCUGCCGCGCCCUGGGAGACCCCGCGCCCACCAUGCACUGGGUGGGGCCGGACGACCGGCUGGUGGGAAACUCCUCCCGGGCCCAGGCCUUCCCCAACGGGACGCUGGAGAUCGGGGUCACGGGCGCGGGGGACGCUGGCGACUACACCUGCAUCGCCACCAACGCGGCGGGGGAGGCCACAGCCCGGGUGGAGCUGCGGGUGCUGGCCCUGCCCCACGGCGGGAACGGUAGCGCAGGUGGGGCCCGGCCGGGGCCCUCGGACAUCGCAGCCUCAGCCCGGACUGCUGCGGAGGGGGAAGGGACCCAGGAGGCGGGGCCCACGGUGGAAGUGUCCGAAGUGACCGCCACGUCGGGGCUGGUGAGCUGGGGCCCAGGCCGGCCCGAAGAGCCCAUCUGGAUGUUCCAGAUUCAGUACAACAGCAGCGAGGACGAGACCCUCAUCUACCGGAUCAUCCCCGCCUCCAGCCGCCACUUCCUGCUGAAGCACCUGGUGCCCGGGGCCGACUACGACCUCUGCCUCCUGGCCCUGUCACCUGCUGCUGUGCCCUCUGACCUCACGGCUACGAGGCUGCUGGGCUGUGCCCACUUCUCUACACUGCCAGCCAUGCCCCUGUGCCACGCCUUGCAGGCCCACGUGCUCGGGGGGACCCUGACUGUGGCUGUGGGGGGCGUCCUGGUGGCUGCCUUACUGGUCUUCACGGUGGCCUUGCUGGUUCGGGGCCGGGGGGCCGGGGCCGCCCGCCUCCCGCUCAAGCUCAGCCACGUGCACUCCCAAACCAACGGCGGAGGCCCCAGCCCCAUCCCGAAGCCCCACCCUCCCCGGAGCCCCCCGCCCCGCCCCCAAAGGAGCUGCUCCCUGGACUUGGGAGAGACUGGCGGCUGCUACGGGUAUGCCCGGCGCCUGGGUGGGGCCUGGACCCGGCGGAGUCACUCGGUUCACGGCGGGUUACUCGGGGCUGCGUGCCGCGGGGCCGGGGGCAGCGGAGAGCGACUGGAGGAGAGCGUGGUGUGAGGGAGGAGGAGGCCCGAGCUUCCAGGGCCAAGGACAGGAAAGAGGAGGGGGCCGCUGGGCCUCCCUUCUCUCGAGCUCCCCCGUCUCUGGGGUCACAUCUCAUCCCGGAGAGCCUGGCAGGGGCGGCGGUCAGAGCAGGCCUCGAGCGCGGGGCCAAGACACCAGUGGGGAGAAGCGCACGGAGUGGAGGGAGCGCUCCGUGGCUGAGGAGCCUGGAUUUCUGGGGCUCAGUCCCAGUUUUAACUCUCUGUACCUCAGUUCCCCCUUCGUAAUUUGGGGAAGAAAAACACCUUUCCCUAAUCCUGUCCCCCUGCAGCCGUGGGCGAGGGGGCUGGAAAGCCUAGAUAAGAGGUGCUCGCGCACUGCGGGGCAGCGGGCUACAGGGAAUUAGCCUGGAUUCCUGUUUUUAUUCUUAAUAAAAAUGCCAGGGACACCUAA